UGAACAGUCAUGACUAUUAAACUGCUUCUGAGAGUAUACCGCAAAGUUGAUAAGGUUUAAAGGUUUGGCUGAACAGACCACAGCGCUGACUUUGAUUCUGUCGAUGCGCGGCGUCACAAAGUUGCGCGCUGUCCUGAACACCCACAUUCCACCCAGCAGCCCAUCCAUCCGCUUUUAAUCACCACAACCGCUUCUUUGAGGGAGCAAGCUAGUCUGCAGAAGAACUGCUUACAGUAGGGCUGCUUUGUUUGCUGCCGUGCUUGGUCUGGAUCUUUCUCCCUGGUGAACCGGCGGCGCUUCUCACGGAAAGCCGGUAGAUGCGCCGUCUUUCCUAAGCUCAUCAGUACACUUCCAGACCGUAUCCUUCGACACUGUCUAUUUUUGCUCUUGGUUUGAGAAAUACUUGGACUGCUUUUUGGCAUGGGUGUCGUCACAAGUCGGCCGGACGAGGCUGGUAGCGUGUAUCUCACAGAUCAGUCGCGCUUUAGUAUAUCUAGUAUAUCGGUUGUUAAUUAUGCCACCCAAAGGCCUAUCCUGCGAAUAGCCCCGACAGCCGAUCGCCGCGGGUUAGUACCGGUGCGAGAGGAAGGAUCGCCGAUGAUUGAGUUUGUUCAGGAUAUCGAGCCCAACAGUCUGAUUCCGAUUCUCCUGAAGCUCUUGAACGACGGCGGGCUCGAGAUCAAGUUCAAGUUGGCGCUAAACAAGAGUGCUGCCGAAGGGUUUUCGAUGAAUGGUCUGACUUUUAUGAAUUCGUGUAAUGGGAAGCAGAUAGACACGAUGUUGACGAAGGAGUUGCAAAGUGAUCCAAACAUUCAAAAACGACAGAAUGUAAUGUUUAUAGGUGACUACAGUGCGAAUCAAGGCGGCGUGAUCGAAUUUGAGUGGACAUGGGUGUGGUCUCCGCCUUCAGAUCUAAACGAGGUUUUCAACGGAUGGCGAAAUACCUGCGUGUUUGCCGAGUACAACCGGCACGAGCACAAACUCAGCAAAGUCGCGCAAUUCUCGUUCUGGGUGCAGGACGCAACCAGAUCGGUAUGGUCGAUCCCUCAGUCUCCGCGGCAGCUCAACAUUGCACGGUUCGGCUCGCCGUCGAAUUUCAGCGAUGAUUCAGGCCUGGAUGGGUAUCAAGGAAAAGGAUCUGCCGCUGCUGCCGAAGUGCUGGAGAAUCCGGAGGCUUAUUCGGUUCCGCUGGCGCAGAUUAGUACGUCUUCUAGCUCUGCUUCUGCAUCGGGCGUGCUAUCGGCGUCGUCGAGUAAGGCCGACGAAGGCACGUCAUAUACUGAAGAUGGACCGCUGUUCCGAGCUACGGUGGCGUCGCUUGAGAGGAAGACGGUGUCGUUGAAGGCAGUGAUCAAGAAGCUGCUGAAGCGUACGAUCCAGAUGCACGAGACGCAGGAGCAGUACUGCGCAGCGUAUGCCGGAUUUCUAGAGAGCCUACGAGAGGCAUCGAAGGAUCUAGUAUCGCUGAGGCCUGCGGUUGAGACCUUUUUCGACACGUCUGGGAGGGAUAUACUGAAGUUUGAGAAGCGAAGUAGUGGAGCGCUUAAUUCGCACGUGAUUGAACCUCUGCGUCGGCUGUAUGAUGUCGAUAUCAAGGCCGCGGACGCAAAGAAGCGAGAGUUUGACGAUGACUCGAAGGAAUACUACGCCUGGCUGAGUCGGUAUCUGUCGAUGAAGCAGGAGGCAAAGGGCAAGAAGAAGCAUGAUGGCGAUACAAAGUACCAAGACAAGCGGAAAGUGUUUGAGUUGAAGCGAUUCGAUUACUAUACUUUUAUCCAAGACAUGCACGGCGGGCGGAAAGCAAACGAGACGGCGUACCAGCUGAGCGCGUACGCGAGUGCUGUGGUGAAGAGCUUUGAGGAUACGUUUAAGAGUAUGCAGCUGAUAAGGCCGCAGAUUGACGGGAUGCUGAGCUCGAUGAAGGAGAAGAAGGAUACAUGGACUAUUCGUCGGACGGAGCGGGAGGAGAAGAGACGUGCGCUUGAGCGGUCGGCGAUGCCGGAUCCGACAUUGAACGGGCCGGGGUCUUCCGGUUUGGUUUCAUCAGGAGCGGAUGAGUACUCGAGAAAGUCAGCGCAGCCAAGCUUGAUGACAUCGCCGGCGCCGCGGGAUGCGGCCAAGUCGGCAGAGUUGGCGCAUCUGGCGGGAGGAAGUUCGGGGGGUACGGACGACGACGAUUCGCAGAGCGAUCGGCGAAAGGAAGGGUUGCUGUGGGCGAUGUCGCGGCCGGGAGGGCAUUCAGAUCCUCGGAAUCUGAACAAGCCUGGCUGGCACAAGUUUUGGGUGGUGCUGGCGGGGGGUCAGUUGUGCGAGUACACAAACUGGAAGCAAUCGGUGGAACUGCACAACGAUCCUAUUAAUUUGCGAAUGGCGUCAGUGCGGGAGGCUAGAGGUACUGAUCGGCGGUUUUGCUUUGAGGUGAUUACGUUGCAGUACCGGAGGAUAUAUCAGGCUACGUCAGAGGAGGAUAUGUAUUCGUGGAUCACUGCGAUCUCGAAUGCGAUUUCGAGCACGAUCGAGGGGGGUGAGACAAAAGAUCCUGCUGCUGCUGUGGCUGAUCGGGCGGGAGGAGGAGGAGGAGACUCUUUGUUUCCCAAGCCUAGUCCUAGCACUCCGGUGAGACAAGGAUCACCGGUGAAUACCCGGUCUGGGGGGCUCGUGGGCGAUAGUGAAGGGUAUGAUGGGACGGAGGGCGAGAUUCAGCCGUCACCGAUCACGACUACGGAGAAGCGCGAGUCGUUGCUUCGACGGGUGCGAGAAGCGGAUGCGGAGAACGCGAUUUGCGCGGACUGCGGCAACAGCUCGAAAGUGGAAUGGGUGUCGAUUAACUUGAUGGUUGUGCUGUGUAUCGAGUGCAGCGGGCUUCAUAGGUCGCUGGGGACGCAUAUCUCAAAGAUGCGGAGUCUGACGCUGGAUACGACGUCGUUCACGGCAGAUUUUGUGGAGGCGCUGGUGAGGAUUGGGAAUAGGAACGCGAAUAUGGUGUGGGAGGGGCAACCGAAUGCGAAGAUCGCGAAGAAGGAGAUGCAGCGAGUGAUUGCAGAGCAGCAACAGCAGCAGCAGCAAUUACAACAGCAGCAACAGCAGCAGCAACAGUCGCAGCAACAGCAAGCACAGACACAACAGUCAUCACCGCAAGCACAACAGAUUCCUCAGCCGCACUUUCAGCACCUGCACAUUCAUCACCAACAACCACAGCAGCAGCAGCAGAUGAUGAGCCGAUCACCACAGUCGCCAGCGACGACGGCAGGCGGCAGCGCGUCGGGAAGCAGCGGGGGCGCAGCGCGACAGGCGCGGCUGGCGUUUAUCACGCAAAAGUACGUGGACAGAGCAUUUGUGGCGCGCGUGCCGCAGCCGAUGGCGGCGCUGUGGACAGCAGUGCGGAAGCAGAGCAUAGUGGACGUGUUGCACGCGCUGGCGAGUGGAGCGAAGGUGGACGCGCCGGCGCAGGAUGGGGAUAUAUUUCUUUCUGCGCUGGUGCACGCGGGAGGCGAGGCGAGCGCGUUUGCGGUCGCGGAGCUGUUGUUCCAGAACGGGGCGAAGGUGCCGAGUGAGGUGCCGGCCGAGCUGAGGAUGUCUGCAGCGGCAGCGGCGUAUAUUGCGCGGAAGCAGGGGCGGAGUGUAGGAGAGGCGACGCAAGCGAUGUCGUCGAUGUUGCUGGACGGGGGAAGGCAGCGGAAGGGAGCGGGGGGGAAGGUUGGAGCGCGGAGUAAUAACUGAGGAGAUAAUUGAUAAUGGGACCGUGCGGAUUGUACAUAAAUAAUGCGAUAAUGGUAAGUAUAAAUACAAGAGGUUAGUAAAAAGGAUGGGUAUUUCCUAGUUUGGGCGUAUUUUAAGAAUAGCAAGCGGCCGAGCUGGGCAGCUGUCAGAGAGUCGGUGGCCGUGGCUGGUCAACGUUGCCUAAUUCGGACAACAGCUCGAAGCGAGCGGAGAGUCACCGCUUUGAUGAGUUGUGUUGUGGUUGUGUGUGUUUUAGUUUUUGUUUUGUUUAUUCUGCUGGUUUGCUGGAUAUCUGCUGC